CUUAAAACAGAGAGGCGGGAUUUGAAGGAAGACGAUGUGCUACUUUAACUAACGUAAAGCAUUUGCUUUCUUGUGGGUGUGAGAGUGAGAAUGAAGCUGCGGUGGUUGUGGAUGUGUCUGGGGCUGCUAUGCCUGGCUGCGACUGUCCGGUCACAUGAGGAGGAGGAGGAGGAGGACAACAACAACAUUGAUUCUGAGGCCCAGGUCGAGGACUUUGAGGAGAAACUGACAGAGGCCAGUGACCCAGAAGACAACAGCCAGUCAUUCCUGGUGACAUACAAGACUCCGGUGCCAACUGGCGAGGUGAACUUUGCAGAAACAUUUGAUGAUGGUUCCCUAAACGGAUGGAAGCUGUCUAAAACAGUGAAGGAUGACACUGCUGAUGAAAUUGCAAAAUAUGAUGGGAAGUGGGACGUGGAGCCUUUAAAAGAGAACUCCGUACCUGGAGACAAAGGACUAGUGUUGAAAUCCAGAGCCAAGCACCACGCCAUAGCAGCCAUGCUACAGGAGCCAUUCAUCUUUGAAGAGAAACCUUUAGUAGUGCAGUAUGAAGUCAAUUUCCAGGAUGGAAUCGAUUGUGGUGGUGCUUAUAUGAAACUUCUGUCUGCAACAGAUGAUCUAGAUUUGGAAAACUUCUAUGACCGAACUCCUUACACAAUUAUGUUUGGUCCAGACAAGUGUGGUGAAGAUUACAAGCUUCACUUCAUCUUCAGGCACAAGAACCCCCAAAAUGGAGACUACGAGGAGAAGCAGGCCAAGCGCCCUGAUGUUGAUCUGAAAAAAAUCUACUCUGACAAAAAGACCCAUCUUUAUACACUUGUACUGAAUCCAGAUAACAGCUUUGAGAUCUUUGUUGAUCAGACCAGUGUAAGUAAAGGAAACCUCCUGGAAGAUUUUGUCCCUCCUAUAAACCCAGCCAAAGAGAUCGAUGAUCCCAGUGACAGCAAACCCGAGGACUGGGACGAGCAUCCAAAGAUCCCCAACCCAGAGGAAACCAAACCAGACGACUGGGAUGAAGAUGCUCCAGCAAAAAUAGGAGAUCCUAAUGCAGUGAAACCUGAAGGCUGGCUUGAUGAUGAACCAGAGUAUACAUCGGACCCUAAUUCAGAGAAACCUGAAGACUGGGAUGAGGAGAUGGAUGGGGAAUGGGAAGCCCCUCAGGUCCCCAACCCAGCCUGUGAGACGGCCCCGGGUUGUGGAACGUGGAAGCUGCCCUUGAUCGACAACCCCAACUACAAGGGCAAGUGGAAGCCUUCCAUGAUCGACAACCCCAACUAUCAGGGAAUUUGGAAACCAAGGAAAAUCCCAAACCCAGAUUAUUUUGAAGACCAGCAUCCAUUUCGCAUGACUCCCUUUAGUGCAGUGGGCUUAGAGCUGUGGUCCAUGACUUCCGACAUCUACUUUGACAACUUCAUCAUCUGCUCUGUGAAGGAAGUGGCUGACCGCUGGGCAGCUGACACCUGGGGCUUGAAGAAGCUGGCGGCUAGCGCCAAUGAGCCAAGUGUGCUGAAUCAGCUGACAACAGCUGCAGAGGAGCGUCCUUGGCUGUGGAUUGUUUACAUCCUGACUGUCGGAUUACCGCUGGGGCUGGUUGUGUUUUUCUGUUUCCCCAAGAAGACAGAUGAAUUAGCCGCCACCUACAAGAAGACAGAUGCCCAGCAGAAGGAUGUGGAGGAGGAGGAGGAGGAGGAGGAGGAGGAGGAGGAAGAUGAGGAGCAGGAUGAGAAAAUAAGACUGGAAAGAAAGGUCAAGGAGGAACUGGCAGCUUCAGCUAAAGAAGAAGAAGAUGAAGAGGAGGAGGAUGAGGAGAGUGGAGCUGUGGGAGAAGGCAGCCACGAGGAAGAAGAGGACGAAGAAGGCAACCAAACCAACGAGUCUUUGUCCGAAGACGAGAUGAAAGAUGCGGAUGAAGGUACAGGAGAUGGACCAAAAAAAACAGUCCGUAAAAGACGAGUACGGAAGGAAUAAACGUCAUCUUCCAGCAGCUAUUGUUUGUUAAAAGAAACUGAUUAACAAGCGGUGCAUGCACACACUGGCAUGCCCAACAGCAUGCAGGCUAUCCAUCUGAAGGCAAUGGUGACCAACUAGAUUCUAUUCCCAAACCACUCAUGUUACUCCUCAGCCCUACAUCUGACCUCAGACCCCAGCCCCUAAACAGACAUCUUCAGUCUUCCCUUUCAAGAAACAUUUGUCUCCAGAAAACACUGGAAUGAAAAAUAACAAAAGCAUCUUAACAUCCAAUAGCCAACAAGGUGUAUUUUAGAGCUUCAUUAUAACAAUAUUAACAUGUGAUGUGAAUGUGAAUAGAGCCGUUUUAUACAGAAAUGUACAUAAAAAAGGACAUCGUUUGCAGCUAUUAAGUCUGUGAGUUUGUUGAAAGUUAGCAGAACUAAAUGUAAAGAAAGUAAAUAUUAGUGGCCCAGCAUUUUUAGGUUUUAAUUUGUCUGUUGUUUACAAGAGCAGAAAUGCACUGAAAGUCUGUAAUACACUGUUUUGAUUCCACUAAGAGCUUCAUUUGGUUGUUUUUAUUUUUGCAAGAGGAAUAAUAAUUGUAGAAUUUUGCAUAGUAGUUACAGCUGGUUUGCUUUUUGUGAUCCAAAGUUGCAGGAACAAUCAGUUCUUUCUGUGUAUUUGAAUUAAUUUAUGAAAUGGAAGAAUUCACAGAUAGUGGUGUCAUGUAAAAUAUAUCAGCCAGUUGUACUUGGAAGCAGAGCUUCAUACUGCAAUUACAAAAUAGUUUUUUUCCAGGUUUUAGUUUUUAUGUUUAUUGCCAGGUUGGUGCAAUAUCUCUGUUUACAAAUGUUUGCAAAUUGUACAUUGCUCUUGGAAAUAAAUAUUUAAUACAA